UCCGCGUUGCUCGCGGCCACGGCAGAAACGGGGGGGUGCAGGGGCGGCAUGGCAGCGGGGCAUCUGCAGCAAAUCUGGGGGACGGCGGGGCUCAGCCUGUCCCGCGGAGUGCUGAUGAGUCGCUUCGCCACUCUUCGGCCUCUUGGCCUUUUGGUCCCCCCGCGGCCUAGGCCGCUAGUCAUCGGGAUCCGCGGGCUGGCAGACGAGAGUGGUCUGGGGGAGAACGCUUUCUUCGAGAAAUACCGAACUAAGAUCCAAGAGCUUCGCAGAUCCAAUCCAGAUCUUUUUGAAUCUCGCAUGGAGCAAAAGAAUGAUUUGAAAAAGCAGCCAGUGGGAUUCUCAAAACAGGCAGAGUUUGUCAGAUACAUGGAGGAACAGACUGCAAAAGCAGGACAAACAAAAUCAGGAUUCACAAAAAAUAAGACACUUGAUUCCAUACUUAAUGUUGAGAUGAUGAAACAGAAGAAGCCUGAAGAAAUAAAGCAGAUAUGGAAGCAAUAUUUUUCUGGAGAAGACACAGUUUAUGCUGUUAUUCCUGGGAAAACCUUUGAUGUCAUGUGGAAACGAAUUCAAAAUUGUCCCUCUUUUCUUUAUGCGCUGCCAAGGAAGGAAGGGUAUGAAUUUUUUGUUGGACAGUGGUCAGGAACAGAACUUCACUUCACUUCUCUGAUAAACAUUCAGCAGACUCACGGUGAUGCUUCUCUCAGCCAGUUGAUUUUGUAUCAUUAUCCUGAACUUCAAAAGGAAAAAGGAAUUGUACUGAUGACUGCAGAAAUGGAUUCUAAAUUCUUGAAUGUACAGGAAGCCCAGUGCCUAGCCAGCCAGGUUCAGCUUUUCUAUGCCACAGACCGUCAAGAGACCUAUUGGUUGCUGGAAUCAUUUAACCAUCAGCCAAAUGAAUUUAAAUAUAUGUCUGUAAUAAGCGAGCUUGAACGGAACAGAAUUGGGCAAGAACUGAGGCCUCAGGAAGAUGUGCCCUCACCAACCGCUUGAGAGGUGUUGCGGCUUUAACUAAAGACCACUGGCAUGGCAAGAGAUAUCACCAUGGGACAGAGUUACUGUUUUUUUCCAGAAAGUGUCAUUAAAAACGAUGCCCUUGGGACUCAGUUGGGAAAAGAAUCAGUUACAAACUCAAUACUGUGACAAUGUAGACGCCCUUGUCCAUUUUAUAUCUGAAUGCUAAAAGAAUAGAUAAGCAUUUAUGAUCACUAUAUGAACUAUUUGAAAUUUCUCCUUCCCAGUUGCACAUGGCUUGUUGGGUUUUACCAUUUCUGAAGUUUCCAUAUGUCUGUUGUUCAGCAAAAAAUGAAACUGAAAAAAAAAGAAGAACCAAGUGGGGCUUUUCUCAAUGGGUAUGAAAAUUUCCUGGACCUAGUUAAAAAGUAUUUUACUAUGAGUGACAUGUUAUCAUUUUUAGAACAUGUUCCCAUCUCGUGAAGCAGAAAUUCAGAACAAGACUAAAGCCUGAGCAUGUCCAAAAAUGUAUCAACUAAAAGUGUGAGGUAAUUUUUUUUAAUGUAAUGGAGUGAGAUCAAUUUGAAAUGAAAGACUUGAGUAUUUACAGAACUGUAAAUCUCUAUAAUUCUAAGCAACGGGAUAAUAUUGGGAUAAUGAAGUUGUGGGAGAAAAAAAUAUUGAGGCCUUUAAUUGCAAAAAAGGGAAUUCUCCAUUUUUUUCAUCUUAGAAGGAACCCAACAUACGCCUAAACUGGAUCUAAUGUCACCUUUGCUCUUCAUUCAUGAAAAUAGAGUUUACUUUCUAUUGCCUUAUUUUAUCUGACUUUUUCUGUUUUUGUAAUGAAUCACUUCACUGAUAAUGGGAGCAGGAAAAAGGGCACAUA